AUGAUUGAAAAGACAGAAGCUUUACACCGAGCUGCUAAGGUCGUCUAUUUGUCGGCCCAGAAGUAUGCAGGGACCUUAGCCAGUAUGCAUCCUGAGGCAAUUCCAGAUAAGUUGCGUUCUUUAGAGCAGUACUUGCGGCGUAAGGAGGUUGAAGUUCGGGCAUUAGAAGCCGAGAUAGAAGCGGCCGUGCUUAAGGAAGAAGAAGCCAGUGAAAAUGAAGUCUUGCUACAAGUAGCUGAUUUUCUUGGUACACAAGGUCUAGUCAAAACAGCUACUACUUUAAUCUCAGAAACCAAAGCAGCCCAUCUUAUUUCCUUAAACAAGUACUGUAUUGCACAAGAGUAUGUUCGUAGUAUUGACUCUAUCCCGGCCACGCCUGCAAUUGAAGCCUCAAACACUAAUACUAAUUCCGAAGCUAAUUCAGCCUUUAUUACUUGGCGUUUCGCCACACUCUGCCAAGAAUCCCGUUCAGCCGCUCUUGUCUUCUGCAAGCAGAAUCAAGCCAUUAUUCCGGUUCGGGCCUUAUCACUUCUAGUUCUUCCCCCGAAUAGUCUUCUGUUUCAGAAGAUUGCUGAUUCUUAUGCCAAAAGAAAGGUCUUCAACAAGUUAGCCCAAAAUAUGCCGCAAUGCCGACUCUACCAACGAGUAGCUCUAGGUAUUUCCGGGUUUACCACACCGGCCUGCCGGGAAAAGGAAGAGAGUUAUUGUCCCGGGUGUUCCGCUAAGAGUGUUCGUAUUGCUCGUGGCUUCCCUAAAAGCAUGCGCACUACCACCCGGGUCCUCUGCAGCACCACCCACCAGCUCAUUCCUGAAGGCGCACCCAUCCUAGCCAGUCCCAACGGCGAAGUCUUCCUCCAAUCAGCCGUUAUCCCCGAUUCAGCCACACCCUGCUCUCCAGAGUACCGGGCCUUCCGCCGCUGCUACUUCGUAUAG